AUGGCACCGCGCGAUCCCGACCUCGCCUCCGAUGAUGACGACGACGACGACGAUGCCCUCUUUGCCGCCCUCGAAAGAGAAGAAAUCAACCCAUCCCAUACGGCUCAGCGAAUCGAACAACUACAAGCGGAACUAGUCUCCCGGGCCCGGCAACAACCGCGGCAACAGGAUCAAGACCCUUCCAAUCCCAUCUCCAACACCACAACCCUCCAAAACACUCUCGUCCCCACCCUACCAACCGACCAAUCCCUCCUCGAUUUCACAACCCGUCAUCCCCGCUGCGUCAUCCACUUCUCACACUCAGACUUCACCCGCUGUGCCGUAAUGGACAGACACAUCCACGCCCUCGCAGCGCUGCAUCACGAGACCCGCUUUGCAACGGUGGACGUGCGCAACGUGCCUUUCGUCGUAGCGAAGCUGAAAGUGAAAGUUCUGCCCUGUGUCAUUGGAUUCGUGGACGGGGUUGGCGUGGAGAGGAUUGUCGGGUUUGAAGGGCUUGGGUAUGGCGGGCAGCAGGAUGCUGAUGAGGAGUUUCGCACUGGGGAGCUGGAGAGGAGGUUGCUGGGGAAGGGCUGUUUGGUUAAACGGAGAAUUGGGAGGGGGGAUGAGCUUGGCAGCGAUGUUGAAGGGGAGAGGGAACAGGAGGUGAGGAGGAAGAAAAGGGCUGGGGUGAUUAGUGGGUCUGCGAAUAAGGGGGCGGAUGAUUAUGAUGAUGAUGAUGAUGAUGAGUGGGAUUGA